AUUCUCGUAUUUUAGAAAAAUUUAGGGAUGACCGGGUUGAGCAAAAUUUGAAAAGGUCUGGGUUUUAUGGGGUACAUCGGGUCCACCCCAUAAAAAUAGACCAUAGUUUGAUUACGGCCCUCGUUGAAAGGUGGAGGCCCGAAGUGCAUGCAUUUCACUUCCCGUUUGGUGAACUUGGUAUCACUUUACAGGAUGUUGAAUGUUUAAUAGGUUUAAGAGUAGACGGGGAACCCGUAGUUUUUCCUCAAAUGGUUAAUCCGAAUACAUAUGUUGAUCUUUUUCGUGAAGUUAUUGGAUUCGAGGUGAUGCGCGAACAUGUUGGACAAGCCGGGUUUAAUUUAGCUGCAUUGGAGAAUAAUAUUGACAAUGAAAAUGAGCGACAGGUUCUACCCGGUAACACUGACAGGGAGGCGGAGAGAUACAAAGCUAGUGUGAUAUUACAACUCUUAGGUGGUACCUUGUUCCCCAAUUCUACAGGUCGAUUUGUUCCUGUUGAGUUUCUACCCUUAUUGCGCACUCCUGAAAUUACUGCACAAUUUAGUUGGGGUUCGGCAGUUUUGGCAAACUUGUAUCGCAACUUGUGUAAAGUUGCACUUAAAAAAACCGACAAGCCUAGAUUCUGUGGUUGUGCUUUGUUGUUACAGCUUUGGGCUUGGUCACGUAUCAUUCUAGUGAGGCCCGAAGUGCGCGUGGUUAACAAUGAUCGACAUGGCCCACUUCGAGAGGAUGAGCCACAUGGUGCUCGGUGGCGUAUUCGGAGGUUGUUUAAUGGCACUUCUCGAUUUUCUGUUCGUAACUACCGAGACCAAUUUGACGGUUCACUUCUUCGACACGUUGUUUGGACUCCGGCAGAUGGCCGCAAUACCGUGCGAGAGGCUUUUAUCCCGACGUACAAUGAGUGGCGUAACAACCGAUUUAACCAUUUAGUGGAAGAUGAAAUGGAGCCACUUCCGCCAAACUAUGUUGGAGAUGGUUGUGUUGAGAACUACAUUAAUUGGUUUUACUUUUAUGGUCGUCGGUUCAUACGUAACCCAGCACACCACCUAGAGAUUGGUGUGGAUGGUUCUGCGGGAUCAUUAGCAAUAGCGGUGAAUGCAUUGCGGCGUGUGAGGGAUUCAGUGUUAGACGCGCCAGCACAUGAGAUCCAACAGGUUGCGGCGGAAGCCCUAGUGAAUAUCGAGCGUCAGGAGAGGAUUGCAAAUUACGUUCCCCCGAUCGUGCCAGAACAUUCAGAGAGCUCUAGCCAUGCGGAGGAGAUGGACACUUUUCUCGGUGGCGGAGCGGGUACUUCAUGCGCUGUGAUGGGCAUCGAGGAUGAAACUAUGUGGAAUGUCUUUGUUUCAAAAGCAAAGAAUUUUGGGUUGCUGGAAAUAUACAUUUCCGCCGAGCAAUCCGGAGUGGGUACUAGCACUUCACGUCCACCCGAAGAUGCUAUGUGCAGACGCCGUGUAUCAAUCGCACAACACGUUGAGGCUAUAGACAACCCAGAAAGUGACAGCGAUUUAGAAGAUAGCAAUUCUGAUGGGGAUGAAACCGAAUUAAGGUGGAUUGAAGAAACACGUAAGGAAGCCGAGAGUGGUCGCAAACGCUACACACCCGAUGUUGUAGUGCAAGAGAAUAUGAUUUUUCCAAGUUUUGAAUCUUUGGAAGAUGCAAUCACAAAGGAUUGCAUAAAGGAUCUCAAAGUAUGGACCCUUGAGUACAAACGAGAGCGCUCUUGGGCUUGCCGAUGUUGGUACCAUGAUGGGAAUCCACGGUGUUAUUGGCGUGCACAAGCGGCGAAAGGGAAGAAAUCAGACCAUUGGUUAUUAAAGAACUACCAUCAACGACACACAUGUCGUCCUGAUUACUCUCACGGAGGUGACGACCGCAACAUCACAAGCCAAUUCAUAGCCCGGAUGAUUGUUGGGAAAUUGCGUGUUGACCCGGAAUACAAGGUAAAGUUAAUUCGGCACGAGGUGACUGAACUUUACAAGGUCCCUGUGUCGUACAAAAAGUGUUGGCUCGCGAGGCUUAUUGCCUCAGAAACAUUGUACGGAAGUUGGAAGAACUCAUACAAGCAAGUCCCAAUUUUGCUACAGGCUUUGGUUUCUUCUUAUCCGGGAACCGUGGUGGAUUUUGUAUGCACCUCACCACCAACAGACCUGAACACCGAGCCCGUAAUUGGAGUGAAUUUUAAGUAUGCAUUUUGGGCUUUUCCAGCGGCUAUAAAUGGAUUGCAGCACUGUUUACCCGUGGUGACCGUUGACGGGACGCAUUUGUACGGCAAGUAUAAGGGUCAUCUUUUACUCGCAGUUGCUUUGAAUGGAAACCGCGAGAUAUUCCCACAUGCAUAUGCCGUAGUUGAUGGGGAAAGUACUGAUAGUUGGUCAUGGUUUCUACGAUUGGUAGCUCAAAAAGUUAUAGCUGGGGAAAGAGUUUGUGUUAUUUCCGAUAGGCAUGCCGGUAUCAUGAACGCCUAUCGCGAUGUGGAAGAGCUUCAAACAGGAAACAUAGUAAAGCGUUUCUGUCUACGUCACAUACGUAGUAACUUUAAUUCAAAGUUUCACAACAAGAAACUCAAGGACCUCAUGUGGUCGGCAGGGAGUACUCCGAGUGUCCAGGAAUUCCAAGACUGUAUGCAGGAAAUUCGAAGUCAAAGUGAACAGGCAUAUCAAUAUCUUGUUGAGAUUCCGCUACAGUUGUGGACGCAAGCGUACGACAAUGGGAGUCGAUGUGGGAUACUUACCACGAACAGUUCUGAGAGCUUCAACAAUAUGCUAAAAGGUUGUCGGAUGUUACCGAGGGCUUUGAAGAUCUGUGACGAUCGGAACAAGAUCAUUGCAACCGUGAACAACAUCUUGCCCACAGAUACGAUUCUCCACCUUAAGAAAAAGGUCUCCCUGAGGUUCACUGAUGUUCCCGUCUGGAAAUUCAGUCUGAGUCUGGUCUUCGAUGAGAGAUUGCCUCCCACGCCGCUGGAGGUGCACAAAAGGGUCGCGGAUUAUGAUCUUCUUGUGGACGGCUCGGAGAUCAAAGCGACGCUUGCUUGAUCCGUGUGAAAUUUCCCAUAUAUGGUUGGAACCAAAACAACCACUGUGAGGGAGCUGAAGGAGAGGGUUGUGGAUGUUUGGGGUACACUUUUUAAAAGGGGAGGAAAGGUUGGAUAGUUGUAACGGGAAUUUACUACACUAAAACACAAUAACUCUUCUUAAAUAUCAUCAUAUAUGUUUUUUCUAAUCUAGCACUUUUAAUUAUUAUUCAAGUAAAUAUUCGUUAUCACU